CGCCCGCCGCCGCGCCUCCGCGUCCCACCCGGCGGGGGCGCGCGCCAGGCAGGGCGGGGCCGGCGGGGGCGCGCAGGCUCCGGAAGCGCCUUCCCAGAAGGCUCGGAGGCGGCGCCGGCCUCUGGGGGCGGCUUCUGCGAUGGCGGCGGGGCGCCGGGAACUGUCUCCCUAGCCUGGGGAGCCGCGCAGCUGGAAGAUGGCCUCGCUCGGGCCAGCCGCGGCAGAGGAGCAGGCGGCGGGGACCGAGGCGGAGCCGGGCGCCGCGGGGCCGCCGCUGCCGCCGUCGCCGUCUUCUCUGGGGCCCCUGCUGCCCCUGCAGCGGGAGCCGCUGUACAACUGGCAGGCGACCAAGGCGUCGCUGAAGGAGCGCUUCGCCUUCCUCUUCAACUCCGAGCUGCUGAGUGAUGUGCGCUUCGUGCUAGGCAAGGGCCGCGGCGCCGCGGCAGCCGGGGGCCCGCAGCGCAUCCCUGCCCACCGCUUCGUGCUGGCGGCCGGCAGCGCAGUCUUCGACGCCAUGUUCAACGGCGGCAUGGCCACCACGUCGGCCGAGAUCGAGCUGCCGGACGUAGAGCCCGCCGCCUUCCUGGCGCUGCUGAGAUUUCUAUAUUCAGAUGAAGUUCAGAUUGGCCCAGAAACAGUUAUGACAACUCUUUAUACUGCCAAGAAAUAUGCAGUCCCAGCCUUGGAAGCACAUUGUGUGGAAUUUCUCACCAAACAUCUUAGGGCAGAUAAUGCCUUUAUGUUACUUACUCAGGCUCGAUUAUUUGAUGAACCUCAACUUGCUAGUCUUUGUCUAGACACAAUAGACAAGAACACAAUGGAUGCAAUAAGUGCAGAAGGGUUUACUGAUAUUGAUAUAGACACACUCUGUGCAGUCUUAGAAAGAGACACACUUAGUAUUCGAGAAAGUAGACUUUUUGGAGCUGUUGUACGCUGGGCAGAAGCAGAAUGCCAGAGACAACAAUUGCCUGUGACUUUUGGAAACAAACAGAAAGUUCUAGGAAAAGCACUUUCCUUAAUCCGAUUCCCACUGAUGACAAUUGAGGAGUUUGCAGCAGGUCCUGCUCAGUCUGGAAUUUUGUCAGAUCGUGAAGUUGUGAAUCUCUUUCUUCAUUUUACUGUAAAUCCUAAACCCCGAGUUGAAUACAUUGACCGCCCGAGGUGCUGCCUCAGAGGAAAGGAAUGUUGUAUUAACAGGUUUCAGCAAGUAGAGAGCCGCUGGGGGUACAGUGGGACAAGUGACCGAAUCAGGUUCACAGUUAAUAGAAGAAUCUCCAUAGUCGGAUUUGGCUUAUAUGGAUCUAUUCAUGGUCCCACAGAUUACCAAGUGAAUAUACAGAUCAUUGAAUAUGAAAAAAAACAAACCCUGGGACAAAACGAUACUGGAUUUAGUUGUGAUGGGACAGCUAAUACGUUCAGGGUCAUGUUCAAAGAACCGAUAGAGAUCCUGCCCAACGUGUGCUACACGGCGUGUGCUACCCUCAAGGGCCCAGAUUCCCACUAUGGCACAAAAGGAUUGAAGAAAGUAGUGCAUGAGACCCCUGCGGCAAGCAAGACUGUUUUUUUCUUUUUUAGUUCCCCUGGCAAUAAUAAUGGCACUUCAAUAGAAGAUGGACAAAUACCGGAAAUAAUAUUUUACACGUAAUUGAGCAUUAUAAUACAUCUUGACGAGAUAGUACCAUGCAGUCUAGCGUCAAAAGCAUAAAUAACUGUCUACCCAAAAAAAAGUAGUUUGAGUGUUAUGAAUAUUUAUAAUUAUAAGAAACAUUUUAGUUUCUUAGAAGAAAUAGAAAAAUAUUGGUUUAAAUCUCUACCUGAUUUAAAGGCAGAUUUUCCAUUUUCUUAUAACCUUUGGGGAAAAGAAAACUGGGUUUAAUUGUUUUUAAAAAGUGCAGCUGGUUCAACUUCAUCUUGUAUAAUUUCAUUAGAUCACCUGAUUCUGGACUUUUAAUAGUUUUGGAACUGAAAGAUUCUUGUUACAUAUAUAGCUGGUUUCAGAUUGUUUUUGUUUUAAUUAUUUUGAAGGUUAGAUGAGAUGGGCAAAUAGGCUUUGAGAUGAGAUGAGUCAGCAUUCUUAUAGAAUUCCUAUUAACUUAAAUAACUAAUUUCAGAAAAUUAAGAAAAUUGACUUUAUAUUUAGGGGAUUUGACAUAUUAGAUGGUCCGCAUUUGGAAUAAUGCGAAAAAUAAGCCUAAUAAAAUGCCCAAGAAAACUUUCAAUGCAUUUACAGAGAGGGUAUUUUGUAAUAGUGCAGUAUUGUGUUACCUAGUACAGUUUUAAAAUUAUAAAUGGAGUUUGUUUAAAUUCACAAUAAUGUGACAUAAAGAAUGUAGAGGUAUGGUCUAAGGUUGGAUUCAUUAUCAAUAAACUGCACCACUGUUCCUCUCUGUCUGUGUGGGGGAUGCUGCCUCUGAGUCUAGAAACCCAGAUGGUGAUGGUGGUGACACGACACAGCCCUCCCCUCAGCGUUGUGCUAAUGCUGCACAGCAAGAAACUGAAUAAAAUGAGAAUGUUUCUAACAA